GAUCCGUGCCUCUCCGCCUGUCAGCGUAGACGGUCAGUCAACCCGCCGCCGCCGCCGCCUUACUAUGACAAGGAUUUCGACUUCUUCCCGUGCACGAUUUCCUCUCCACCACCUUCCACAUCAUAUCUAUCCCCUCCCCUUUGCUGUCACUCUUGACGAGUCAGCUAGAGGCUUUCAAAGACCGUACUUUUCUCGCCUAGGCUAGCUGUGCUCGCUCUUGGUGUUUUACUGUACCGCCUUUCUUCCGAGACACAAGGUCAGGCCUUGACGGUCGAAUUGCGUCUCAUCGGUCUGUACCCUCAGCCCCCUUAUAUUUCACUCCCACUGGUUGGGAUUCUCUCAUCAUCUUCUGACUCCGCCAUGGUCGCUACUACCAACUCUCAGCCGGUCGCUUCCGGCGGAUGGGCGGCUGCUCUGAGUAGCCGCGGCUUGGGUCAGAACAUCCUUUUGGGUAUCAUGGCGCUCAGCGUCUUGUCUGGUGCCCUCGCUGCUCCCAGUCCUGCGGGAGAGAUGACUCAGGGCAGAUCUGUUGCGGCAGGAAAGCGAAAUGAAGAUGGUCUUGGUGCGGCGAUGGUACGCAGCGAGGCAAAGGCGGCGCGGGUAGGUAUUGCAGGAACCCAGGGUGAGCGCGCUGAGAGCUUUGCUGAGUCCUCCGGUGAGCAUCUAGAGGCUCGAGGACACAAGCACGAAGGCGCCGCUCCCAAGGCGCGCUGGCAUCACCGACAGCAGAGGGCAUGGGCCAGGGCUGUUGUCACCAAGACCGUUACCAGCCAGGCAAGCGCCAGCACUCAUACUGCGGAAGACGCCUCGGCCAAGAACAAGUCUGCUGCGUCUCGCGGCAAGGGCCACUCACUUCACCAAGAUUAUGACGCCAUUCCAAGCCGAAGUACAUCCACCAAAGCCUCGACUCGAGUCUCUUCUACUAGUGCGCCUGCCGUAAUUUGGACAUACGGGACAAGUCGUACGACACUCGAAGAGGCUACUGCAUUCUCUACAUCUCACUCGGAACAAGCCACCUCUCUCAGCUCUGCCUCGUCUACUGCUGCAGCCUCAUUCCUUUCCUCUUCCUCUACGACGGAAUCACCUCUGCCGACGGCACAAUCGUUGAAUUCGAACACUCUCACAGUCAAUAAGGUAGCAGCAGCCGCUUCGUCCACACUGUCCGUGUUCAAUGUGCACAGCAAGCUCUUCCCAGCUGUUGUCGUGAUCAUAGUAUUCGGUGUGCUAGCGCUGUCUUGGCUGCUCUUCCUCGGCAUUCGUGGCUACCGAUGGAAGCAACAAGAGAAAGCGGAGGAAGAAGCUCGCAGAGCGCAGCUAUCUGCAACAGGGCGUCAUCUGGGGUCGGAGAAUCAUCAUCAACGCUCUCGUAGCUCCAGAAUCAAGACGGGGGCUCAGACUUUGCGCAAAGCGCUGUCCUCUGAAAAGCUGGGCGGAGACUCUCUUGCGCCAGCAAGCGCAGGCUCAGUCCUGCUGGAAGUGGGCGACGAAGUCGUGUGCGUACCCGUCGAGGUCGCUGAAGAGUACCAAGCCGCGAAACGAAUCUACGGCAACUCCCCCGACAUGUGGAACGGCAAGCUGUAUUUGUCGCAGUGCAUGGCUCGACACAAGCGCAACGAGAGGCUGUGGGGCGGGGCACCCCACACCCCAUCACCCUUGAGCAAUCUUGCUGCUUGGAAUCGAUCGAAUUCGACACUCGUCUCUGACGGCUACCUUGACGAGGAAAAGCGGAGCGAGGAGAAGCACGGGCUGAGCACGCGACUGUUGGAGAACCUGCGAGCCAUGCGCGCUGCCAAAGCCGACGAGACGGACGACUCAAUAGACCCAGAGAAGUUGGGAGCCCUGAACGACUUCAACCCAGUCGUCACGCAGGGUAGCCGGUAUCAGUGGGGAAUCACGCCAAGCAGAAGCAGCAGUCAGCAAGAGGACGUGGAGGCGCCGGCUAGGAGAAGCUCGGAGCUACCCUAUGCCCCUUUCACGCCUCAGAUGAUGCCCUCGCCGAUCACCUUUGACAACUUCGACAGCGCGCCGCUCCCCCGUCAAAUGUCCGUGCUUGUGCGUCAAUCUGUACAUGAACGUGCGGAGUCUGUGUCCUCACCUCGGAUGAUUCCUCUGCCUGCCUCUCCUAUGCCGGAAGCUCUAUCCCUGCCCGAAGAAGGAGAAGCUAUGGAGACACUGACGUCGCUACGAGAUCUGCCCAAGGUCAGCCUUGAAGACACGCCUUCGCCGGAAGCCAGGACUCGCAUCGUCUCUCGCCGUUAUCGUCAUCGUACCUCAGCCGUUCCGCCCAUGCCAGCAUCCUCUGCCGACGCAUAUGGAUACCCAAGUCAAAACGUAGCAAUGCCUAGCACAAGCCCGCGAGGCCGAGCAGCCUCGUACGCCGUAGCAUCUCAACCUGCACCGGCUGGUCGUCAACGCGACCAUCGAGCUGCAUCUGUACCUGUUCACCAGUACCCAGUGACCAGUCCACGUGCGAUGCCUAUCGCACCAUCUGCUCCCGCUGCCCCCACUGCCCCUCCCUCGGCUCCCGCCGGACCACAGGUCAUUGAGCAGGAGAGACCGCGAGCCGUCUCGAGCCGGAUGUCUCCCGUAUCCUCGCGGGAUCGUCUACAGCAAGUGCGCGCAAAUCUACAGCAGGAGCGCCAGAGGGGUGUCUCAUAUAGUGGCGGACCUGCCGCUGCACGCACGACCGAGCGCGGCAACAGGUACGUCUCUGGACCGGCAGCUGCUCCCCCUAGGAAGCCGGCACCGGUGUGGACGAGACAGCAGUCGCUCGAGUAGUGUGUCGGUUUGAGGAACUUUAUGUCGUAUUUGCGUCCAAAUGUGUCGUCUUGG